AAACAUGGGGAGUUGGGAGGUGUUUAAUUUGAACCUUCAAGAACUCGGUUUUAUUUAUCAUCCACAGGGUCAUUAGGUAUUAAAACGUAUGGAUGACGUUUUCAUCUAUUGAAGUGCUUGACGGGACAUGUUAGCAAUAUAUUGUAAUGUAUCAUGGCCAAAAUGCGUUUGUUCUUUUAAAUUUUGCAGAAAUAGGAACAAAAAAAUGAGUGAUCCGGCUAAGCGUAAUAUGGGGCGUGGAGCCCUGCUUCUUGAAAGGAUCAAGAGGGCUCAACAAGAGAAGGAGAAUUCGAGUGGUCCAUCUCGUAUUGCCAAUCCUGCUCCUGAUAGAAUUCCAGCAGGAUUUAUAACGCCUCAAAAGGAGAAUAAGGAAAAGCUCCAGAGGAAACUUCGAGAUCUAAGGUCAAUAAUGGGAAUCGAACCCAGUGCUCGGGCUGAAUAUCUGCGAGAAUCUAAACCCAUCCAGACUGUCACAGCCCCAAGUCAAUCUGACUUGGUUCCAAUUUUCGACUCAUCGGAUUCCGCGGUGUCCUCUGGAUCCUUGACAGAGUCGACAUCCAGUUCAAGAUCGCCAACUCAGAUUCCAUCACAUGAGCUUGAUCCAACGUCUGAUUUUAAAUCUGGAACAGACACAUCAACCAAUACCAACAAUUCCCCUGUCCGAUUUGUCACGGAGAAUCAACUGGCAGCCUUGCCCAAUUGUUAUGAAGGCACCAAUCACUCAGCCUCAAAGUCUUCAGUGGGAUCUUCCUCUCAUACUUCCAAUCCACCCACUCAAAAUAGAGGCGAUGCUGGCACCAAGGUUCGCUUGGAAGUGAAUUAUCUCAACCUUAAAGUUGUGGAUGGGAAGGGAUUCUUUGAGUAUGAGGUCCAAUUUGAUCCUGAGGUUGACAGUCGUCAGCAUCGUUUCGCUCUCUUGAGGCAAUUGACCGAUCACAUUGGAAGAGCCAAGAACUUUGAUGGAGGCUUCUAUCUCUGUCUCCCCAAGAGACUAGAGCAUAAGAUAUCCGUUUUCCAUCCCGUUUUACCUGAGAGUAACGACCCGGUCCAGGUGACCUUGGUCUUCAAGAAAGCUGUGGAUUACACCCAUUCGAGGGCGUUGUUUUGGUACAAUGUGCUCUUCAAGCGAGUUUUUCACGCCCUUAAAAUGGUCCAGAUGAACCAGCGGUCGUUUAACCCUCGCAAUCCCACGGAACUUCGCGAUCUCAAGUUGGAGAUUUGGCCCGGAUAUGCCACCGCUGUGGACGAGUAUGAUGGGGGCUUGAAGCUGGUUUGCGACACCGUCCAUCGUGUUCUGAGGACGGACACCGUUCAUGACUUGAUCAAGGAAAUCCAUUUUCGAAACAUGAAGAGCCGACCUAAUUUUUGCCAUGCCGUCAAACAAGCCAUCAUGGGACAAGUGGUGCUGACUAGAUACAACAACCGAACCUACCGGAUAGACGAUGUGGACUUCUAUGCAAGUCCAGAAUCUGAGUUCGAAACCUCCCGUGGAAAGACUACUUACUUGGAGUACUACAAGCGUCAAUAUGGCAUCGACAUUGCCGACACGAAGCAAGCUCUCUUGAUUUCCAAGCCCAAGAAAACGGAUGAAUGGAACAAAGACAUGGUCAUCUGUCUUGUGCCUGAAUUGUGUCAUUUGACCGGCCUGGAUGAGAACCUUCGGAAAGACCAUAGGGCAAUGCGCACUGUGGUUAAUAUAAUCGGUUCAACCCCCGCCAAACGCCACAAGGCCCUACAAAUGUUCGUGUCCAGUGUCAAGUCCUCCGCGGAGGCCUCUCAAAUUCUGUCAGAUUGGGGAUUGGAAUUGGCUGAUGCCGCCUUGAGUGUUGAUGGCAGAUGCAUGAAGGGAGUCGGUCUCCUCUUUGGAAACUCCUCAGUGCGGAAAGGAAUCUGCGGCGACUUUGACCGAGCUCUGCAAGGCGAGCAAAUGAUGUCAGGGGCCAAGUUGAAGAACUGGUUGAUCAUUGGAGAUCGCCGAGACACCAGAGAGAUUGAAGGGUUCAUCUCGACUUGGCAUAAGCAAUGCGACAAAUUGGGUAUGACCAUCUAUGAUCCGAGGACAAUUCUUCUCAACCAGGAUCGCACUGACGAGGUGGUCAAAGUGAUUCAUCGUGAGCACCAAAACCAUCCUCUGGAGAUGGUCUUGGUUGUGGCUCGAACCAAACGUGCAGACAGAUAUGGUGCCGUUAAGAAAACGUGUUUGGUGGAAUUGGGCAUCCCAUCCCAAUUUGUCUUAACCAAGAGCAUUUCCAAUGGCCGCAAUCAAAUUCAGGUGGUUCAGAAGCUCGCCAUCCAAGUGAAUGCCAAAUUAGGUGGAGCCAAUUGGGGCAUAUCCAGUCCAUUUAGUAAUGCGAUGGUCAUUGGAAUUGACGUCUACCACAAUGCCGAUGGCGGCAAAUCUUGGUCAGGAUUUGUGGCUUCUCUGAAUCGAACGUUCACUUGUUGGUUUUCGGAUUCUCGUCAGCAUCAGUACGAAAACGAGAUCAUGAACAACAUCUCCGACAUCUUUGGAAGAGCUCUCAAAGCCUACUAUGAGCUUAACAACCAAUAUCCUGAUAAGAUCGUUGUCUAUCGGGAUGGAGUGGGGGAUAGUCGCUUUGAAGUUACUGAGACCCUGGAAAUCGAACAAAUGAGAUCCACUUUGAAGAGGAUCGCCCCUGAGAAGAAGGUCCAAAUCACUUUUGUCAUCGUUUCCAAACGGAUCAAGACCCGCAUGUUCUUGAUCCAAGGGGACACACACGAUAAUCCGCCACCGGGAACAGUUCUGGAUCACACGGUGACCAGACGCCAACAAUUCAACUUCUACUUGGUGUCCCAAAAAGUGACCCAAGGAACAGUUUCUCCCACGCAUUACACGGUUCUUUUGGAUGAGCUUGAGCUGGGUCCGGAUCGUGUUCAAAGACUCACUUAUAUGCUUACAUAUUUGUAUUACAAUUUUACCGGGCCAGUGAGGGUUCCUGCGCCUUGUUUGUACGCGCAUAAGGUGGCCAACCUUUGUGGAGAAUUCCUCAAGAAGCAAGUCCAUACAUCUCAAAAAACGAAUUUGUUUUAUUUGUAAAGUGUCAAUUAAAGGUGCAAAUGCCUAAUAAACGCCCAAUUAAUCAAAAAAA